ACUCGUCACAUCCCCCACUCUGUCUGAAACAGACUACACACACGUACACACAGACCUGUCAGUAUUCACUCCAGCAGAUGUCAGUGUUCAACAUGUCAAGGUUGGACAGAAAUUGUACAGUGUGUUUCAGGGAUAAAAUUAAGUGACACAUUAGUGUCACUUAAUCUAAACAUAUAAACAUUAUUAUUAAAUAAUAAGGAAAAAACAUGUGUUUAGAUGUUUCCUAACAAACAAUAGCUUUUAUAUGUUAUAGGUAAAAUGAACACUGUUCAUUUAUUUGGACUCUUUCUUCUACUGUACCUGCAUAUGUUAGAGUUAAAUGGUUGUGAUUGCAUGGGCGCUCAGUGUGACAUGCUACUAUGAAUGCUUGGUGUUGAAUUAUAAUGGCCAGCCCAAGUUUUGGCUAAGCAUAAUUUAUGUGGUGCAAAAAUAUCCAUCAAAGUCUUUGCUGACAUAUGUACAAAAGAUACAAAAGUGCAGUCCAAGGCUCCCCAACAAUGCAACAUACAAUUAAUACAUAGAAAGAAAAAUGAAAUUCAAGAACUGUAGCUAAUUAGUGGUUAAGGAAAGUGUGCAUUUGUAAAAUAAACUAAAAUAAAACAGAAUGUAAAAUUAAACACUGUACAGUUAAUAGUCCAUUUUGUAAUAUUAUACUGUUGUGGACUGUAAACAGAUAUGCACUGGGAACAUAAAGUAAAUAACUGCAAAUUCCUGAUAUUAUUUAAUUAAAAAAAGGGGAAAAUGUAUUCUGUGUGUAAGGUAAAGACACGUAGUUUAACAUUGAUAAUCACACCAUGACAAAUACUUCCGCCUUGCAUUUCAGACUAAAAGCUCUGACAAAACAUUUGUUUCUAAACUUGAUUGAUUGAUUAAUUGCUCAAUAACUCCUAACAUUUAUUUAAAUGUCUUGAUAUCACCCAACUUAAUCUAAUGGCAGUUUUUAUUUUCUCCCAAAAAAAAAUUCCAAUUAUUUUCCUUUGCUUUUCUGAAGGGGUCAUUUAUCAGUUUCCGCUUUUAUUUUGAUGAGUUUGAAGCUCAGAGGUAAAGCAGUAGAACAUAAUUCGUCUAAACUGCGCAUGCGUGCUGACAAGGAUUUAUUCUAGAUCAGUGCCAACGGAUUGUGCGGGUGAUCUGCAUUCAUUUUUUUUCCCGGGGAUAAAAAGGGAAAUUGAUGGCUGGUUUUGUUAUUUUUUAUUUUUUAAGGAAGCUGUUAAGAUUUUCCUGAGGCUCUGAAGGGCCUGACUGGUCCCUAGCCCGUCAGCUGCCCUCAGUCUACUGUCAAACCAUUGCCUCGCAUCUCCUGCUGAUCGUUGCAUCAGGCUGAUAACUUCACUUGGAAGCAAGUUUGGAUGUGGCACGCCAACUGCAGACGAAUGCAUAAUUUAGCAGACUGGAUUUCCGGGACGGUGAUGGGAGGCUGUGUGGGCAGGAGUAGGAUGGAUGGACAAGGGAGUGCCCGAAGCUCAACAAGAAGCAAAAAACGUGGAGGACGCAAUGAGCCCCUUAAGAAGGAGCGUCCAAAGUGGAAGAGUGAGUACCCUAUGACCGAGGGCCAGUUGAGGAGUAAGAGGGAUGAGUUUUGGGAUACGGCUCCUGCCUUCGAUGGAAGGAAAGAGAUCUGGGACGCACUCAGAGCAGCCGCCCUUGCUGCAGAGUGCAAUGACCUGGAGCUAGCACAGGCUAUAGUGGAUGGAGCCUGCAUUACUCUGCCACAUGGCUCUCUCACAGAGAGUUACGAUGAACUGGGAAACCGCUACCAGCUCCCUGCCUACACCUUAGCCCCACCUGCCAACCUCAUCUCUGAAACGUCCAGUGAGUGCAAAGUCUCUGACCCCUCACAAAAACAAGCUCAACCCGCUCCAUGCAGAGAAGAGUUCCAGCUGCGGGUGCGAUUGUCAUCAGGACAGGAUGUGCGUCUGACAGCCAGCAUGGCCGACUCCAUCGCUGAGCUAAAGAAACAAUUGGAAGUGGAGGAAGAUAUCGCUGUGACCCGCCAGAGGUGGUUCUUUUCUGGGAAGAUCCUGACUGACAAGACUCGCCUUCAAGACGCCAAGAUCCAGAAGGACUUUGUGGUCCAAGUGAUCGUCAACAUGAACCCUCCAGUCAUAGCUAAUUGAGGACUCUGAGUGAGUGAGUGAGUGGGCUACAAUAAAAAGAAAAUAAUAAAGGACGUGCCAGAGAGGGGGGCAGGAAUAGGAGUAGGGAUUUGAAUCAUUUUCCAGUUGGCACUGCUUUGGAAUUUUGUGUACAUUUUUAUAUAAGAAAUAUUGCUUUUAUAUUGCUCCUUUUUGUAUUUUUUCCUUUUUCCAAAUCAAGUAAGAAUAUUGAAGAGCACUGAAACACUUUAGAUUAAAAGUAGUGUCCUAGGAUGCACAUUCCACGAUCUGUCUGUCUGUUUGUCUCACUGUCUGUUUCUCUGUUCGUGUGGACAUCAACUCAGUUCUGUUGUUUACAUGGUCCCAACUCUUGUCAGGUGUGUUUGUAAUUGUGCUUAAACUGAAUACUGUUUGACUGUGGCCAGGGUCCAAAUAAGGGAAAUACAAUCCCCUUCUUCUUUUCUAUUUUUAAAGAUUUCUGUCAUGCUAUUAGAGAAGUAGAGGAAGGACGGCAGAACAUUUUGGACAAACAGAAACAUGUAAAUAUCAGUUUCCAUAUGUGUUGUAGGGUUCUGAUACAAUGUGCACACUUUAUUUUCAAUUCAAAACUGUAUAUUUUUGUUAAAGACACAGAAUGUAUGAAGGCACCUUUCUAAAAGGUAAUAAGAGAUGAUCAGGUUUGUUUUUUAUUUCAUCCCUCCAAACAAAAUACUGACAUUUGUGUAAAAUAUGAUGCUCACUGUACUUGAAUAACUUAUCAAUAAAUAUUGUGAAUUUAAAAUCA